AUGUCUGAAUUAGAUAGAUUUAGACAGGCCUGGAGGUCUGAAGUUCAACAUCGACAUUCAGACGGACAGAACUCAACAGCACCAUCUGCUACUUCAUCUACUGCUACCAAUGGAAGAACAGCAGCUUCUAAUAACGCUGGAGAGGCAGCUAUUAAUCGAGACACAACUGAUGACAUUUCAACUGAGAGAGCUCUGUCUCCUACAAGAGUAAUCACACCAGAUAGUGCAUUUCGGGCAGAACGACCGGAACAUGUCUAUUACAAUAAAGAUUUAUCACGAACAGAUCUCGAUGCUCUAGAGGCUUUUGAACGGGCUGUUGACAGUGAACAUACUGGAAAGUUGUCAGACGCUGUUCGUCAUUAUAGAGAUGCAUUUCGACUCAACGAGAGAGUGGACAAACUGUACAGAGAAAAGUACUAUUCUAUCAAACCAACUCACAAAAAACCCAGCACCAAAUCUAGUGGCGGAGCCGAAAGUUCGACAAAGACUAGUACCAAGAAAAGCCAAAAAGUUCUACUUGGAGAUGGAACGGGAUCAGUGUCGGAGCUGAGUAAAAAUCUUGCAGAGCUUAGUCUGACUGCAGAAGACGAAGAACUGCCAUGUCCUAUCCUUCAAGUCCCGGUAGAGAUUCUAUCUGAAAUAUUCCGAUACCUAGCAUUAGACGAUCUGUCGUCGUUUACAAAGUGUACAUACUCGUGUAAAUCAUUUGCACAUAUUGGAUAUACCACCAAAAGCAUCUGGAUGGCCCUCUGUCAACAGGCAUACAGUAAACAACAUUAUACAGAGGACGCGGUGGAAGAGCUAUGCAAUGGAAACGAACUGGAAGCUGUCAAAAAGUAUUGGGGCAACUCGUUUCGUAGAAUGUAUCUCGAAAGACCCCGGAUCAGGUUUGACGGAGUCUAUAUCAGCACCUGUAACUAUCUACGUCCUGGUGUAGGAGAUACAUGGAACGCACCCAUCCACAUGGUCACAUACUACCGAUACUGUAAAUUCUACGAAGACGGCACCUGUAUAAAUCUUCUCACCACCUCCGAACCAUCAGACGUUGUCCCUGUAUUCACUCGAAACAUCACUGGCACUGCCCAUGGCACAGGACCUACCCGACCGUCGAAAAAACAGCCCGCCGUCAUCUACACCAAAGAAGACGGCACAGUCCUUUCUCGUCCUAAAGGAAUCAUGAGCGGGACCUGGAAAAUCAACGGACUAGAUGGCACCGUCCUCAUCGAGUCCGAGGGCUCGGUCGAACGGUACACAUUCUACAUGCAACUGCAAAUCCGGUCCAGCGGCCACAACCGACACAACAAACUCAAAUGGGUCAAAUUCUGGAGCAUCAACAACCUCUCCGACACCUACGGCGAGUUUUCCCUUCGCCACGACAAAGCCUUCUUCUUCCUCAAACGCCAUCCGGCCGCUCUUACCACAUAA